CUCUGGGGGUGCCGAUAGAGGAGAGAUGAAAUGGGUUUGCCGGAACGUUAUUACUCCCGGGAACUUCCAGAUUUGUAACCUGGCUUUGGAGGAUCCAGUGAGAUAGGCAUAAUUAAGGGUGGAUUUCUGCUGUGAUUUUGUUUUGGGUGUUAACCGCAAGGAUCCUUGAACAGUCACUGUUAUUUCUUACCAUAUACUCUGCAAAAAUGAGUCACAGACGGAUUACAUAUCUCUUAUGAUUAAUGUGGAGAAAAGAAACUAGCCAUGGGCCAAAGUUCAAGAGACCUCCAUGGAAAAUGUUGCUGCUGAUGCUACUUUACAAAUUCACAUGAUGAGUGUCUAUUUUGAGGAUGAUUUUCAUAUUUAAGAGAUUUUCAUCUUGGAAAUAUAUCAAGUGAAAAAAAUUUGUUCCUUUUGGAAACAAUUUCCUCAUAAUAAGAACUAUACUUGUAAUGGGCGAUAUGGCCAACAACUCUGUUGCAUACAGUGGUGUGAAAAACUCUUUGAAGGAAGCUAAUCAUGAUGGAGAUUUUGGAAUUACACUUGCUGAGCUCCGGGCUCUCAUGGAGCUCAGAUCUACAGAUGCAUUACGUAAAAUACAAGAAAGUUAUGGAGAUGUCUAUGGAAUUUGUGCAAAGUUGAAAACCUCUCCCAAUGAAGGUUUAAGCGGAAAUCCUGCAGAUAUAGAGAGGAGGGAAGCAGUGUUUGGGAAGAACUUUAUACCUCCUAAAAAGCCAAAAACAUUUCUUCAGUUAGUAUGGGAAGCAUUACAAGAUGUUACAUUAAUUAUAUUAGAAAUUGCAGCCAUAGUAUCAUUGGGCCUUUCUUUUUACCAACCUCCAGAAGGGAAUAAUGCAAUUUGUGGAGAAGUUUCUGUUGGGGAGGAAGAAGGUGAAGGUGAAACUGGCUGGAUUGAAGGAGCUGCCAUCCUUUUGUCAGUAGUUUGUGUUGUGUUAGUGACGGCUUUCAAUGACUGGAGUAAAGAGAAGCAGUUUCGAGGUCUGCAGAGUCGAAUUGAACAAGAACAGAAGUUCACGGUCAUCAGAGGUGGACAAGUCAUUCAGAUACCAGUAGCUGACAUUACUGUUGGGGAUAUUGCUCAAGUGAAAUAUGGUGAUCUUCUUCCAGCAGAUGGUAUACUUAUUCAAGGAAAUGAUCUCAAAAUUGAUGAAAGCUCACUGACUGGAGAAUCUGAUCAUGUUAAGAAGACGUUGGAUAAAGAUCCCUUGCUUUUAUCAGGUACCCAUGUGAUGGAAGGCUCUGGAAGAAUGGUAGUUACUGCUGUGGGUGUGAACUCCCAAACUGGAAUUAUUUUUACUUUACUUGGGGCUGGAGGUGAAGAAGAAGAAAAGAAAGAUGAAAAGAAAAAAGAAAAGAAAAAUAAGAAACAAGAUGGAACUGUUGAAAACCGCAAUAAAGCAAAAGCUCAGGAUGGCGCAGCCAUGGAAAUGCAGCCAUUGAAGAGUGAAGAAGGAGGAGAUGGGGAUGAAAAAGAUAAAAAGAAAGCAAACUUGCCAAAGAAAGAAAAGUCAGUUUUACAAGGGAAACUCACAAAAUUGGCAGUUCAAAUUGGAAAAGCAGGGCUAUUGAUGUCCGCAAUCACAGUUAUCAUCCUUGUGCUAUACUUUGUAAUUGACACAUUCUGGGUUCAGAAACGACCGUGGCUUGCUGAGUGUACACCCAUUUAUAUACAAUAUUUUGUGAAAUUCUUCAUUAUUGGAGUCACAGUCCUGGUGGUAGCAGUUCCAGAAGGUCUUCCACUUGCAGUAACUAUCUCACUUGCUUACUCUGUGAAGAAAAUGAUGAAAGAUAAUAACUUAGUAAGACAUCUGGAUGCUUGUGAAACAAUGGGAAAUGCCACAGCCAUUUGCUCAGAUAAAACAGGAACACUGACCAUGAAUAGAAUGACAGUUGUCCAAGCUUACAUAAAUGAAAAGCAUUAUAGGAAAGUUCCUGAUCCUGAUGCUAUUCCAGCAAGCAUUUUGUCCUGUCUUGUAACUGGAAUUUCCGUGAAUUGUGCUUACACAUCAAAAAUAUUGCCACCAGAGAGAGAGGGUGGGUUACCACGUCAUGUUGGCAAUAAGACUGAAUGUGCCCUGCUGGGACUUGUUCUGGAUUUAAAACGAGAUUAUCAGGAUGUAAGGAACGAAAUCCCUGAAGAAGCUCUGUACAAAGUCUACACAUUCAACUCAGUUAGGAAAUCCAUGAGCACUGUCUUGAAAAAUUCAGACGGAAGCUACAGAAUAUUCAGCAAGGGAGCAUCAGAGAUCAUUCUUAAAAAAUGCUUCAAAAUCUUGAGUGCUAAUGGUGAAGCAAAGGUAUUCCGACCAAGAGACCGGGAUGAUAUUGUUAAAACUGUGAUUGAGCCAAUGGCAUCUGAAGGACUAAGAACUAUAUGUCUCGCCUUCAGAGAUUUCCCAGCAGGAGAACCUGAACCAGACUGGGAUAAUGAAAAUGAUAUUGUCACAGGCCUAACAUGCGUUGCUGUGGUAGGGAUAGAAGAUCCCGUGAGACCUGAGGUGCCAGAUGCAAUAAGAAAAUGCCAGCAGGCUGGAAUUACUGUGCGGAUGGUCACUGGUGAUAAUAUUAAUACUGCUCGUGCUAUUGCUUCUAAAUGUGGUAUUUUGCAUCCUGGGGAAGAUUUCCUGUGCCUAGAAGGUAAAGAUUUCAACAGAAGAAUAAGGAAUGAAAAAGGAGAGAUUGAACAAGAACGCAUAGACAAGAUUUGGCCAAAGCUUCGAGUACUUGCUAGAUCAUCUCCCACUGACAAGCACACACUGGUUAAAGGUAUAAUUGACAGCACUGUCUCAGAACAGCGACAGGUUGUGGCUGUGACUGGUGAUGGUACAAAUGAUGGCCCUGCACUCAAGAAAGCUGAUGUUGGGUUUGCUAUGGGAAUUGCCGGAACUGAUGUAGCGAAAGAGGCGUCAGAUAUCAUUCUCACUGAUGACAACUUCACAAGCAUUGUCAAGGCGGUCAUGUGGGGACGAAAUGUUUAUGACAGCAUCUCCAAAUUCCUGCAGUUCCAGCUCACAGUCAAUGUUGUGGCAGUGAUCGUUGCCUUCACAGGAGCCUGUAUCACUCAGGAUUCGCCACUUAAGGCUGUGCAGAUGCUGUGGGUAAAUCUCAUCAUGGACACACUGGCAUCCCUUGCUCUGGCAACUGAACCCCCCACUGAAUCUCUCUUGCUUCGGAAGCCUUAUGGUAGAAAUAAGCCUCUCAUCUCUCGCACAAUGAUGAAGAAUAUCUUGGGUCAUGCAUUCUAUCAACUUGUGGUAGUCUUUACACUCUUGUUUGCUGGGGAAAAAUUUUUCGAUAUUGACAGUGGAAGAAAUGCCCCUUUGCAUGCUCCACCUUCAGAACAUUAUACUAUCGUGUUUAAUACCUUCGUGCUCAUGCAACUUUUCAAUGAGAUAAAUGCCCGGAAAAUUCAUGGUGAAAGAAAUGUGUUUGAAGGGAUCUUCAAUAAUGCCAUCUUCUGUACAAUUGUUCUGGGCACUUUUGUGGUACAGAUAAUAAUUGUGCAGUUUGGUGGAAAACCUUUCAGUUGUUCAGAACUGUCAAUAGAACAAUGGCUGUGGUCAAUAUUCCUGGGAAUGGGAACAUUACUCUGGGGCCAGCUCAUUUCAACAAUUCCAACUAGCCGUUUAAAAUUCCUUAAAGAAGCUGGUCAUGGAACACAGAAAGAAGAAAUACCUGAGGAAGAAUUAGCCGAAGAUGUUGAAGAGAUUGAUCAUGCUGAACGAGAGUUACGCCGGGGACAGAUCUUGUGGUUUAGGGGUCUGAACCGAAUACAAACUCAGAUGGAUGUAGUGAAUGCUUUCCAGAGUGGAAGUACCAUUCAGGGGGCUCUAAGGCGGCAACCCUCCAUCGCCAGCCAGCACCAUGAUAUUCGAGUGGUGAAUGCAUUUCGUAGUUCUUUAUACGAAGGGCUAGAAAAGCCAGAGUCACGAAGUUCGAUUCACAACUUUAUGACACAUCCUGAGUUUAGGAUAGAGGACUCUGAGCCUCAUAUUCCCCUUAUUGAUGACACUGAUGCUGAAGAUGAUGCCCCCACAAAGCGAAACUCGAGUCCUCCACCCUCUCCCAACAAAAAUAAUAAUGCCGUGGACAGCGGAAUUCACCUUACAAUAGAAAUGAACAAGUCUGCUACCUCUUCAUCCCCAGGAAGCCCACUACAUAGCUUGGAAACAUCGCUCUGAUUGUAAGCUGAAUGUUAACACACUAGCUGCAUUGUAAAGAAACCAAUUGAAACUGGGUCUUUUCACACAUUGUGAUGGACAAGAUCGUAUUCUUGUCUAGGACUUCAACAGAAGACAUACUUGUACGAAUGUAGAUUUAUUUUUUUAAAACAAAAAAGCUUUCCGCCAGACUUUGAGGGUGCUUUUUGGAGGGUGGGGAGGAAUGAACUCUCAUUGAUAAACAGUCACUCGGCAUAAGUGACCUGUGGAUCAUCGAUCGUACUUAAGAGUGGUCCUGAACGGUGUGUUUAGCAAAGCUUUAGUUUCUCUUGAUCCUUGAAGGGGGUGAGGGAGGAGGAAAGCUGAGAAAGACAAUGGAGCCCUGGAUCAUUGAAUUGAUACUUUAAUUUCUGCUGUUGGCUGUUAAUAAUUUGGAUUAUUUAUGUUUAUAAAUGAUACAGAUCUGUUUACAAGGUUUGUAGAUACUUUUAUUGUUCCUGUUCAUAGAUGGGAAGCUUCCUUAUAACUGAUGCAGAGAAAAAUUAGUCCUUCAAAUACUGCUGUAUUUUCAGGAAAAAGGGUGUUUCUAUUGAAACUGUACUAAAUUUUUGCCUACAAUUUACCUUGUUAAAUAUUGUAGAUAAAUUGCUAAUACUGAUAGCCAAAUAGAUAACACUAAUGCUUUGUGAAAACAUGAGCAGCGGUGUCCUAAUGAAGUUAUGGCCUCUGUCCUAAUUAGUUUCUUAAAUACAUUUACUACUUAAUGGUUUUGAAAACAACUGUUUAAUUUUUAAAAAUUUUGAAAAACUUGCUAAAUAACUUUUUGUUCAGAAUUUAGUAGAUUGUUUAAUGCGGGACAUCAAUUACGUAAUGAAAGUUGCUUGAAAUGCUUUUGUUAUUUCAGGCAAAUUGAAUUAAAUCAAAAUACAACAAAACCUUAGUCCUUUUUGUUUUUGUCUAAACCUGUUAGUUUAGUGAUGUCUUGGUGAACUGUGAGUGAACUGUGUUGAUUUUUCUAAUAAAUCUUAAGAAACCUUCAUACGGCAUGAGGGCUGUUGGCAUUUUGAAAAAAAGGUUAGUAGUAGCAUACAUGUUUUCCUUUUGUUUUUGAAACCUGUUUGUAAACAUAAAUAAACACGCCCUUUUAUUAAAUAAAUAUGUAGCAAUGUUUUUUUACAAAAUUUUCAGCUUUUUUACCAGAACAGUUCUGAAAAGUCGGUACUUUAGAGUGUGGUUCAUUAACCUCGUUGAGUUAAUAUCACUAUGGUAGCAGCCAGCAGCCCAUGUGGUAAGCACAUACUAGUCUGAGGAAGUAAAGGUUUUAGAUACAGUUCAUCAUUGGACACAAUUUUCUGAUUAUUCAUUUUGCCUAAAAUCAGCUUGUGUUUGGCUUUGGUUUUUUGUUGAAGUAACGAAAACCAUCUCCUUUGUUAUGUUAAUUAUGAGCCUUAAGUGGACAGUGAGACUAGCUGAACAGAUUCGAUGAUUAAAUAGACAUUAUCUUGGGUCUCCUUUGCUCUGCCUACCUAGAAUGUCCCUCCUCUGCCCCACUCAGCCACCACCCUUCUCCCACCUCUCCAUAUCUAGCUCGGCACCAUUUGUGAGCCAGGGUGGGUGCUGGGUACUCGGGGCAGAGGUGUCCAUUUGAGUAAUGCCAGCUGCCAUCUUUUAAAAGAAUCACCACAUCUGAUGGAGCUGAUGGGUAACUCAACUUCCUGGUGCUUGCAAUUAUGAGCACUCUAGAAUAGGAUUUGUGUUUCGUCAAACCUGUGUAGUCACCAUCCUCAGGGCCUGGAGAUACAUUGGCUCUGCUGCCAAGGAAAGCCAAGUUCUAGGCCACCUCUUCCACUAACUAACUUCCUGUUUGACCUUGGACAGACCAGUCAUUUAACCUUUUCUCCUCUCUCCUUAACUGGAAAGUGAGGUGAUGGGUUGGAUGUUCUCCUGAGUCCCUUCUGGCUCUUCUAUUUACUUACUGAAGGCUUCAAGCCUAGAAAACAAGACAAAAAGGGGAAAGUAGUUGCUCUGCUUUAUUCUGAAUUUGGGCUCAAGGUGAUACUUGAAGUUCCACAGGCUUAGCAUUGCAUCUUCAUCUGAGGAUGGGACUUGUAUUCAACUCUUACACGAAUAUUCAGAUUUUUUUUAAUUUGAGGCAAGAGGCUUUCCUAGUAACCAGAUGGGUCAUGAUAGCUAGAGAUUUCUUGUUGAUGUAUGCGCCCUUCUCUCUGACUCAGUUUUCUGCUGGCACUUCCAAGAGCAGUCUAUCACCUGGAAAAACAAUCAGGCUAGUGAAGGACAGAACACCUAGAACGGAAAACAGUAACCGACACUCAAUUGUUACAUCUCAUCCUCCUAACUCCCUCCCCCAAAUAAUUAAUUUUGCAUGCUAAAUAUUUGGAAUUAUCCUCAUGCAUUUCCUAGUGUUUGUGUGGAAGCUGGGGAAAGGGGGAGUAUGUCAAGCAUGAGUCAUCACCAUCUUACUAAUGCCUGAUAUGGUCAUUUUCAUGAUACAUUAAUGUUCAACUAAGAAAUGGUGAUUGUUUCUAAGCAGAUAUGCAUUAUUUCUAUUACUCUCAUGGUUUCUUUGAUAUGUACAAGCCAACCAAAUUAUCACGAUGACGUUGAGAUUUUUUUUAAUGAUGCUUACCAUCUAUUUUUGCCACUUGAGCCUUUCGGUUUUUACCUCUUUGUAAAAGUCGAUUCAUUUUAAUUUCAUAAAUAUGUUAUCUUUGUGAAUGGGGACUAACCUUUUUAAAUGUUAGAAUUUAUAUAUCAAAUUUUGAAGUCAAACAAUUUUCUUGCUGGAAUCUUCAGGUUUUUUUAAUCAGCCAUAUGAAAAUCCAUGGGUCGUAACAUUGAAAUGUAUAAUAACUUACACUAGUAAAACCACAGUUUCAUCUAAGUCCAGGUUAAAGUAUUAAUAUCCCUCCCAUCACAUGCGCUGUCCUCACCCCUGCAUAGCACAGUUCACUCUCCUUGCUACUACAAAGCUUGGGUUUUAGGGUUUAGUAUUACAAGCUUGAAAGAAUAUAUUUUCUCAUUUAAUGAUGCUGAGAGGUUAUAAAAUUCAUCAACAGUAAUUAGCUGGUCUUUCUGUAAAAAUUUAACAAAUUUACCUUUUAAGCCAUGUUUAUAUGCAUAAUUCACCUAACUAGCAGCUUUAUGGAAAUGUUUUUUUGACAUGUUCAUCAUUCUUAAAUGGCCUCAAAUGGCAUAUCAUGUAAUAUAAAUUUGUGGGUUUUCUGAAUCCAUGCAAGCAACAGAAACUGAUCAUAAAGAUGUGUCUGGGAAAAAGAGCACUAGCUUUGGAUUCAGGAGACCUGGGUUUGAAUCCCACCUCUGACAUGUGGUGGGCCUGGGCACAGCAGUCAAGCUCUCUGUUCCUCAGUUUCCUCUUCUGUAAAUGGAGAUGGUAAUAUCUGCCCUGCCUACCUCACAGGGGUGUUGUGAGGCUCACACAAGUACUUAUGUAAUAAACUGCUUUAUAAACCACAAAAUUAUAAAAGUACCAGCUGCUCUUAUCAUCCUAAUAAGAUAUUUUUCUAUUCUCUCCAGCUAGGAUUUGUAUGUACAUUUCACAUAAUUCCUUUUGAAUUAAAAAUUAAAUUUCUUUUGAGAGCUUACCAGAAUAAGAAAAUGAGGAUAUAAAAAACAAACCAACCUUUGAUUGUUCUCUCAUGGCGAUGUCUUUUAUUUAUUACAUAUUGUGAACUGUAAUUAUAUUGUAAACUUCUGCCUUUUGCUUUUCUGUUUCUCUUCCUGAAGCUCUAUAGGCCAGGUGGCAUCUUGGCAUCAAUGAAUGGGCCAUUACAGUCUAUUUUGAUGGCUGUGUUGUAUGUAUUUGUCAAUUGCAGAAUAAGGUAUUUACCAAGUAUAUAUAAAAGUAAUCUCCCAAUCUUAACUUCCAAAUAUCUUGCCAAGGAUGUAUCCAACUUGCUAUUAGAAUGAGCCUGGUUAAAAAUAAAUUUUUUUUUUAAAAAAAG